CUGGACAGAGGUGACGGCCAUACAAGAAACAUCAUAAAUGGCAGCCCAGCGACAGGCAUAAACACCCGGAUGUUUGACUUUCUCGCUCAGUCGUUAGUAUAAGGACUACAAGGGCCAUCGGCGUUGGGUCUGUGACACCAGCCAUUGAACAACAUAUUGUUUUGGUCCGCAUCCAACGGCAUCCACCAUGUCUCCCCCAAAAGCCGUGCUGGCGCUUGUAACCCCCAGGGUCGCAGCCAUCACAAGAGAAUGGGGACCAUCCCUCACAUCACGACAGGUCCACGCAUGCACACGACCAUUUCCCGGGCAUAUGCGUGUAAUUCGUUACAGCAUGACGACCUCGAUACGGGCAGAGGCUAGGCGGGAACCUCUGCCCCUAGAGGGCGUCACCGUCGUCAGCCUCGAGCAAGCUAUUGCCGCACCCUUCUGCACCAGACAACUUGCCGACAUGGGCGCCCGAGUCAUCAAGAUUGAGCGCCCCGGCGUUGGCGACUUCGCCAGGUCAUACGACACCCGCGUCAACGGAAUGGCCUCACAUUUUGUCUGGGCAAACCGCUCAAAGGAGAGCCUGGCCCUGGAUUUGAAGAAUCCCAGAGAUUUUGAGGUUCUCAAGAGGCUCCUUGUCAAGGCGGACGUGUUGGUCCAAAACCUAGCUCCCGGGGCAACGGAACGCCUUGGUCUAGGAUACAAUACCCUCGAGGAAACCCACCCCUCUCUCAUCGUCUGUGAUAUCUCAGGCUAUGGAUCCGAUGGACCUUAUAGAGACAAAAAAGCGUAUGAUCUCCUCGUCCAGAGCGAAGCAGGCUUCCUCUCAGUCACCGGUAACGGACCGGAGCCGGCGAAGGCCGGAAUAUCUAUUGCCGACAUCUCAGCCGCCAUGUAUGCUUAUUCCAGCAUCCUUGCCGCUCUGAUCAAACGCGGUAAGAACGGGAAAGGAUCUCGGGUAGACGUUUCAAUGCUCGAAAGUAUGGUCGAAUGGAUGAGCUUCCCCAUGUACUACACAUACAACGACGCCCCUUGCCUUCCCCGCUCGGGGGCGUCCCAUGCUUCCAUCUAUCCUUAUGGACCAUUCGAGACGGGAGGCGGCGGUUCCGUCAUGCUUGGCGUGCAGAACGAGCGGGAAUGGGCGAACCUUUGUCGCGACGUCCUCAAUGAUGAGACCUUGGCCAAGGACCCACGUUUCGUCAGCAACACUCUCAGAGUGGAGAACCGCGAUGAGCUGAAAAAGAUCAUCUGCGAUGUCUUUGCGCGCUUAUCGGCUGAUGAAGUUCUCAAGAAGUUGGAUGUCGCGUCUAUCGCAAAUGCCAACGUGAACGAUCUGCAAGGGGUGUGGAACCACCCGCAACUGAAGGCUAGGGGACGAUGGACAGAUGUUGAGACGCCAAGUGGAACAAUUCCAGCCCUGAUCCCUCCGGGGUUUGCUACGGUCGAUAGUUCAAGGAUGGGUAAAGUGCCUGGCCUCGGAGAGCAUAACGAAGCAAUCUUCAAGGAGGUGGGGUUUGAAGCUUGAUUUUCACAUGUGCUUUUUGAGGCAUAUCUACAAAUACAGCACUUUCAAGGGGGUCCUACACGUCGAUGCAUGAUGGCCGAGUCUUUAUAAUUUUCAUGAUCUA